AUGACUUCCGUGAUUUAUCCCGAGACUGAAGCCAGUGCAAUUGCAUGGCGGAGUAGAGGACAGAUUGAUUUACGAAAAAUUGGAACAUAUGCAAUGGCAAGUUUGCGUUUCUUUCAAGAUGUCACUUUAGCUUCUAGAAAAGCAGAAGGCUUAACACAAGAAGAAGAUUAUUGGAUUAAUUCGGCCUACAUGGGAGGCCUAGUAUGGGAUGAGCCAUAUGAAGGAAUCGCGACCGAAUUGGACUUUAAUGAAUUUUAUCCGAACAUCUUAGCUUAUGCUGGCCAAGGAUUUCGUUAUAAUCCCGCAGAAUAUUACUCUCACUAUGACUUGAAAUUAGCGAUGGAACUAGAUCUUCACAUAGAGUUAUCCUCUGAAAGUCCUAAUGCUCUAAUAUAUGAUCAAAUUUAUCUAAAGAGCGGAUAUAAUAGUUUCUAUCAAUGGGCAAGUUAUCUUACAAAGAUCAAGCAAGAAGGCGGACAGGCAGGUAAAGUUGCCAAGCAUAUGCUAGUAUCAUUCUGGGGACGAUUAUACUCAGAUGGACGAAGACUAGGUCAUGGCACCUUUUAUUACAGCGAGAGGGCGCAGAAUUAUAUCGGGGAAAAUUAA